AUGUCAUCGCCUUCAAGCGUAAAACUCAACAACUUUUUUAUACCCAAAUCGUAUGCCCUCGAGAUUGAGGUUGAUCUGUCGACCUGGUCUUACCGUGCUCGCGAGGACAUCAUUUUAAAACGUAAUACGAAUUUUGCUGAGACAGCCAAUUCACCGAAGGAUGUGAUUCGGCUUCAUGUCGGAGACCAUAUGAAAAUCGAAGGACUGGAGGGUGGAGCACUCAUAGAGCGUGAUGAUAAGUCUCAAACAGUAAGCUUCAGGCUUGAAGGCGAGUCUGCCGCGGCUGAAGAGCACCGUGUUACUUUUAUAUUCAGCAACUCAAUCAAUCCAGAGCUUCGUGGCUUUUAUCGCGUCACUAUACAAGAGAAUGGAAAGGAAGUGCGUAUGGCUUCUACACAUUUUGAGCCGACCUCCGCACGGCUGUUUUAUAUUUGCCAGGAUGAGCCCGCAAGCCGUGCAGACUUCACACUAAGGGUUCUAUUACCCAAGAUGUACGAGGAAUACACCGUUAUUUCUAACGGCAAGUUGCGCAAAAAGGAGGCGAAUAUCAACGGCCAAAUUGAGCACGAAUUCGACAUGAUUUCACAGUGUCCGCCGUACCUCACUGCUUGUAUCGUGGGGCGAUUUGAAAGCAUCUCGGCAACCAGUAAGUCAGGCAUUCCGAUAUCGGUUUUCACGACUCCUGGGAAGCUUCCCCAAGCCCAGUUUGCGCUUCAAGUCACAACCACCGCGGUGGACUUCUUUCAGGACUUCUUUCGCUGUAAGUACCCACUUCCAAAGCUGGAUUUGAUUGCCGUGCCUGAUUUUCCCAUUGGUGGGAUGGAAAACUGGGGGUGCAUCACAUGCGUGGAGGCGAUUUUGGUCAACCCGGGCACUUCCAGUGUCGAUGCGAUGAAGCGUGCGAGUGAGCUGUUAUGCCACGAGGUGUCUCACAAUUGGUUUGGAAAUUUGGUUGCCAUCAACUGGUGGGAAGGGCUGUGGUUGAAAGAAGGGUUCGCGUCGUGGUGUGGUUACUAUGCCGCCCAUGUCCAGCAUCCGGAGUGGGAUUGCCUCAGCGAUGCCGCUCAGCAGGUCAGCGGAGCGAUGACGAUGGACAUGUCCGAACACAGCCAUCCCGUCGAAGUUCCCAUUCAGGAUCCAGCUGAGAUCACAGAAAUCUUUGACUCCAUUAGCUACAACAAAGGAAUGGGUUUGGUGUUUAUGUUACAGUGCUUCCUCGGCCCGAAGUGGGAGGCCGCAGUGGCUUACUACAUCAAUAAGUACCAAUUCAAGGACACCAAGACAGUGCAGCUGUGGCUGGCAUUGGAGGAGUCUUCUGGAGUGCCGGUGAAUGAGAUAAUGAGCUCAUUUACUACAAAGAUGGGGUACCCCGUGGUCUUCGUCCAACAUACUGCCGGACACAAGGAACUUAUUUUACAGCAGAAGCCAUGUAAGUACGUGUCCUCCGGCGGGGAUUGCACAGACACGUGGUGCAUUCCAGUGAUCAUUGAAAGCAUUGACAAUCAAAGGACUACCGCUAUUUUGCGUGGUCGUGAACCUUUAGUUGUGUCUCUUCCACCGGAAAUGCAGGGCAAGGAUGUGUGGUUAACAGCUAAUCCUUGUCGAUCUGGAUUCUAUCGAUGUUACUACGAAGAUAAUCAAUUUAAGUUAUGGUUAUCUUCCUUCUCCACGUUGAAGCCAGCCGAUAAGCGCGUUAUUAUCACUGAUACUUUUGCUGGCUUGUGGAUGGGCCAGCAGGAGGUCCUGGGACGUGUGGUUGCCCUUGGAAAAGUUUUACGGGAUACCAUGGAAAAUAAUACUGGGGUUCUUAUGGAUUUUUCAAGGGGUGUAUUCUCCUUUGCAGCGUGCUUUGAUCCGCAGGAAAAGAAUCUGAUAAUAGCUUCACAGCUAAGCUUUAUUAUUGACCUGGCUCAAAAGCGGUUUCAUCAAGUCGCGACAAACGCCGAGGAGGAGAUUUCACAGAAUUAUAUCAUUUCCACUGCGCUGAGCAUGUUGCUGGAUGGUGAAGUUAACUCAAAGACAACUUUGCUGGGGGAAAACCCUAUUGUCCAAUGGGCGAUUGAACAAGCUAAAGGGUAUCUCUCUGGAGAUAAGUACUCAAAUGUGGCGCUUGAAAAGAGUCUCACUACAUAUGUACGUGUAUGUGAUGAUGCUAGUAUGCAGGAGAAAAAUGAGCAAUUAUUGUCGAAAUUAACAAAGGAGGACGGUAAUGACGAGACACUUCGCGCACUUAUCACCAGUUUGUGUAUGAGCCAGAAUACAGAGUUUGUAAAAGAUGUUGCUGUUCGGUGCAUGCAUAACGAUGGAAUUCGUAGCCACUUUGGCGGUAAUGUUUUUGUUUCUAUGGCAAAUAAUAUCUUCUUUAAGGAAGGUGAGGUGUGGAAUUUCUUCAAGGAGCGGUUUGUGGAUAUUGACCAGCAGUGGGGUAAAGGACAGUUCCGCAUUCAAGUAAUCGUAAGUUCUGUGGGUAGCACACUUAAGUGUACUGAAGCUAACGCAGUUGAAUAUGCGAACUUUUUCAAGAACCACCCCAUUCCAAAUGCGCGAUUAGAAAUCGCUCGAACAGUGGAAAAAAUAGGCCUAAAGUCCUGGAUGAGGCAGAAUUGGUUAAAACUUGUUUUAUCAACGUUUAAAAUCUAA